UGCAAAUAAAGACUUUGUCAACCUCUAAACCCAUUUCCUCUGUCCCCUAACAGCCUCGCAAUCUCCUAUUCUUAGCACCCCCUUGGUUUCUCUCUGUCUCUCUGUCUCUCUCUCUCAUGUCAUCAACCUUUCCACCAUUCUUCCAGGCCUUCCUCACCCUUCUAUAGCACCCAUUCUCAUUGCAGCAACCCGCUCCAAGGGCGUGCAUGCCGCCCCGGGCUAAGGCGAGUGCUAUCCUACGAAAUGGCGGCACGUAAGGAUACGCCGUCGCUGCAUGCUACUUUUUACAUGUUUUUGCAUGUCAUAUUUGUGGUAUCUUCUUCUGAGGCAUCAGAAUCAGAAACCCUCCUAAAGUUCAAGGCCUCCCUUCAACCCAAUAACGCAUUAAUCAGCUGGAAUGGCUCAACGAUACCAUGUUCUGAACAUAAUGUAAAUUGGGUUGGUGUUUAUUGUGGGAAAGGAAAAGUUAAGGGUUUACGACUCGAGAAUAUGGGACUAAAUGGUUUCAUUGAUGUGGACUUGCUCGCGUUACUGUCGAAUUUGAGAACUAUAAGCUUUAUGAAGAACAACUUUGAUGGUCCAUUGCCAGAUUUAAAGAAACUCAGUGCCUUAAGGUCUGUGUAUUUAUCAAACAACAAUUUUUCUGGGGAGAUUCCUUAUGAUGCUUUUUCGGGUAUGUUGCGGUUGAAGAGAGUGCAUUUGGCGCAUAACCAGUUUGCUGGUAGCAUUCCUACAUCAUUGAUAACUUUGCCGAAGCUUUUGGAGUUAAGGCUUGAGGAUAACCAUUUUGAUGGUCAGAUACCAGAUUUUCAACAGGAGUCAUUGAAUUAUUUUAAUGUAUCGGGCAAUGAAUUGGAGGGUCCAAUUCCAAAUAGCCUUAGUGGGAUGGAUUCAAGCUCCUUCUCUGGAAAUUUAGAGCUAUGUGGAAAGCCUAUGGGUAAUUGUGACGAAGGCUCAAUUCCAAGUAUCCUAGUGAUUGUUAUACUUGCAACGAUGGCAACAGUCGGCAUAGGUAUAGUGGUCUUCAUCAACCACAAGAGGCAACCAGCUUUAUUGACAAAGGCUCCAGUACAGCCAUCAAACUUGCAAAAGAAAUCAGGCAUAAAGGAAUCGAACGAAUCAGGGAAAGACUCAACAAACCGCAGUGGAAAUACCAAGAAGGUUGAGGGUGUGAAGCUGACCUUUGUCAGGGAAGAUAGGGAGAAGUUUGAUAUGCAGGAAUUGCUUAAAGCCUCAGCUGAGAUAUUGGGCAGUGGAUCCUUUGGGUCUUCUUACAAGGCUGCCUUGCACAAUGGACAGGUGAUGGUUGUGAAGCGGUUCAAACAAAUGAAUAAUUUGGGGAAAGAGGAGUUUAAAGAGCAUAUGAGCAAGCUAGGGAGGUUGAGACACCCGAAUCUGCUUCCUCUGGUGGCUUACUACUAUAGGAAGGAAGAGAAGCUCUUGGCAUUUGACUUUGUGCAGAAGGCCAGCUUGGCCGUUCAUCUACAUGUUCAUGAAGCUCUAGGUCAGCCAAGCCUUGAUUGGCCAACCCGGUUAAAGAUUGUCAAAGGCAUAGCCAAGAGCCUUCAAUAUAUGUACAAUGAGCUGCCUAACCUAAUUGCCCCACACGGCCACCUCAAGUCCUCGAAUGUUCUUCUCAAUGAAUCCUUUGAUCCCCUUCUCACUGACUAUGGUUUGAUCCCCCUGAUCAACCAAGAGGAUGCCCGAGACAUCAUGGUCGUUUACAAGUCCCCGGAGUACUUGCAACAAGGUAGGAUAACAAAGAAGACUGAUGUAUGGAGUUUUGGAUUACUGAUACUAGAGAUUUUAACCGGAAAAUUCCCAGCAAACAUUCUACAGCAAGGCAAGGGAAAAGAAGAGGAUUUGUCAGUCACUUGGGUGAAUUCGGUUGUUCCGGAAGAAUGGACGAACGAGGUGUUUGACAAGGAGAUGGGUGCAACUAGGAAUAGUGAGGGGGAGAUGCACAAGCUUUUGAAGAUUGGGUUGGCUUGUUGUGAAAGAAAUGUGGAGAAGAGAUGGGAUUUGAAUGAGGUUGUUGAGAAGAUUGAAGAGUUAGUAGAGAGGGAAGAUACGGAGGAAGAAAUAUUCUAUACUUCGUAUGCUAGUAAUGAGGCAGGAUCUACAAGAGAACUUUCUGCUGACUUUCAAUUGUCAAUGCAUGAUGAAUGAUUCAUUGCUGCCAAAUCGUUGGUCUCUUGUGACUGGAUCUGCAUUCCUCGGAAUGGCUUUUAAGGAUUUUGAAGUGGAAAUUUGUCGGGGGGCUAGAGAGAGAUCUUCUAAUUUAUGAUAGUGUAACUUCAAUCAAUAUGCAGCUAUAUAUAUCAUGCGUUUGAUGCAAAAUUGGAUGGCUUGCCUUAUAUUUCUCUCGAUACUGGCAUUUUCACUUUCUAGUACUAUUUGCAUCUCCCUCUUUCAAUUUAUAACUUGUAUGCGUAUUUCCACAAGUAUUAAUGGCUCAUU